AUGUGGGGUUUUAUAGCACUAUGUUCUUUUUGUAAAGAUUACAGUGACCUCAGCAUUCGCUUUGCCAGAUCAUGUGCAUUAACAAGGAAGGCAGUUAAUGGAAAGGUUUUAUGCUUGAUCACCUCAACGCUUGAAGAUAUGAUUGCUGUGCUGGAAGUUAACCUUGCUGCAUUGGUGAGAACUCAGCAGAGUGAUUUUCUCCUACGUGGAAACGAGAACAGUCUAUCGGUUAUUGCCAGGUGUUCUUUAUUGACAAAUUCUCCAUUGUGUAAAGGUUUAAAGAAAAACAUGAAAGAACCUUCUGGUAAAACACCUGGAGUGAAAAGCGCAGUGAAAGAUCAGCCAUUGGUUUUCUAUAAUAAAAUUAAGUCAUCAGGUUAUACAGCAGCACCACAAAUGACCAUGUUCCCUCCAAAUAAUCUGAAGAAAAGUGAGGUAUCAAAGUGGAAGACCAGUUGUAAACAUAAAAAUAAAGAAUAUCCGUUGGAAAGUCCUCCUCCAAUCCAAUAGGAGAAGAUUGUAUCUGUUACUUGUAAACCAACCCCAAUAUGUUGCAUUCCAUAUUCUGGUAGUGGAGAAAUGCUGGCUUGCGGCCUGGCUGACAAGACUGUACUGAUAUUCACUUCCAAUCUCACUGACACGUAUAAUGUUUUUUCAGGUCAUGGUGGUGCAGUUAAUGUUGGCUGGAGUCAUGACAGGAAGUGGUUAGUUUCUGCAUCAGAAGACAGAACUUUAAGGGUCUGGUCAGUCUGCAAUAAUGAACCUGCCCUAAUUCUGGGCAAAGAGAAGUUCCGUAAGACUGUACGCUUUGCACAGUUUUAUUUUAUAGAUGCAUUCAUAUUGCUGUGUUGUGGAGCUGAAUUUCAUCUGUUCAGUUUCCAUCUAGACACAACCAAGGAUGACCUCAAGUGAUACAAACAGAGAAGUGUUUGCAAAUUGGUACAGAAAUUUCCCAUGGCUUCAACAAUGGAGAUUACCAGCCUUUCAGCAGUAAAUGAUUUCUACUUUUAUAUUGCACUUAGAGCUGGCAGCAACCGAGCAUUGGAAGUUUUUGACCUCAAUGCAGGCUGCAGCACAGCAGUGAUACCAGAAAUUCAUACUAGAUCAGUCCAUCAGAUCUGCCAAAAUAAG